AUCUUUUUAUUUCCUUAAAUUUCUGUUUCUCCUCUCCCUUCGUUAUCGCCGUUCUAUAGGUUUGUAUAAAAGCUCUUUUUCCCAAAUCACUGAUUUCAUACCAAAAACAAUGCUACGCUCGUCAUCUCCAACAAACAAACCCUAUCAUCAUAAUUACGAACAAUUUUCCAAAUAACCCAAUCGAAAUUAUUGGUUUUUCUUCAGAAAAUGGAGAAAUCCGAUGUGGGUUUCGAAAUCCGGCGUCGAUUUCUUCCAUUCAUCCUGAUUAUCUCGUCUGUUUCAGUCAUCAAUGUCCACUCUCAGUCGAGUUCUAACGAUGCUGUUGUAAUGCAAGCUCUAAAGAAAAACCUACAACCACUGAGUUCACUCGACUGGUCUGACCCCAAUCCAUGCAACUGGAACAAUGUCAAAUGCUCCAAAGACAACCGGGUCACCGGAAUUCAACUCGGACACCAGAAUCUCAAAGGCAAUCUCCCUCAAACCCUUAAUAACCUCACUCAACUCCAGGUUUUGGAGUUUCAACACAAUCAACUCACCGGGCCACUCCCGAGUCUCUCCGGGUUGACUCAGCUUCAUAACCUCUUACUCAAUAACAACAAUUUCUCUUCAAUUCCCAUCGACUUCUUCGACGGUAUGUCCUCUUUGCAGAACAUUUAUCUUGAUUACAAUGCUUUUACUGCAUGGUCUAUAUCGGAAAAUCUAAAAACUGCAUCCAAUUUACGAAUUUUCUCGGCCACCUCUACUAAUCUCACCGGAAAAAUCCCGGAUUUUUUCGGUGCUGAUACAUUUUCCGGGUUAAUUACUCUUCGUUUAGCUUCGAAUUCUCUUGAAGGCGGGUUACCCGAUUCGUUUUCGAGUUCUUCAAUACAGAGUCUUUGGUUAAAUGGACAGAAAAGUACUUUUAGGCUUAAUGGCAGCAUCGACGUUCUACAAAACAUGACACAAUUGACUGAAGUGUGGCUUCAUACAAACUCCUUUUCGGGUCCUUUACCAGAAUUUUCAGGCUUGAACAAGCUACAGAAUUUGAGUUUAAGAGAUAAUAGCUUCACUGGUCCCGUUCCGCCAUCUUUGUUAAGUUUGAAGUCUUUAAAAACUAUCAAUUUGACCAAGAACAUGUUACAAGGUCCAACGCCUAAAUUCAGUGAUUCCGUUUCUGUAGACAUGAUCGGAAUCGAGAGUUUUUGUUUGCCUAAUCCCGGAGUUCCUUGUGAUUCCCGUGUCAAUACGUUACUAACAGUGGCGGAAUCAGUAGGUUACCCUCGAGUUUUUGCUAAUAAUUGGAAGGGUAACGAUCCUUGUAAUUCAUGGAUGGGAAUAAGUUGCUCAAACGAUGGAAGCAUCACUGUCGUUAAUUUCCGCAAAAUGGGUCUCACGGGUACCAUUUCAUCAAACUUUUCUCAAAUUAAAUCGUUACAAAGAUUGCUUCUUGCAGAUAAUAAUCUCACCGGAGUUAUACCUAAUGAACUCAAAGAUUUACCUGAUCUUAUUGAAAUAGACGUCUCAAACAAUCAUCUUUCCGGUCAAAUCCCACCUUUUAGAGAAAACGUCAAGGUAAAAAGCGAAGGAAACACCAACAUAGGGAAAGAUGGUCCUACUGUUACAGCGAUUCCACCUUCUAAUGGUGUAUUCCGCAGUGGCGGCAGUGGUGGCAAAACUCCGGGCACUCUGGUGGUUGUGGGGUCUGUGAUCGGUGGUGUUUGUGUGGUUUUCUUGGCCGGAUUGUUAGCUUUUUGUGUUUACAAAGCAAAAAAGAAUCGUUCUAGUUCUAGUGGUCCCGGUAAUCCGCCAUGUCAGCAUACAAUGGUGAUACACCCCCGCCACUCGGGAUCCGAUGGCGACGGGGUCAAAAUCACAAUUGCUGGUCAAACUAACGCCGGCGGGUCAACCGAAACAAACAGUCAUCAUACAAGUGGUGACGUUCACAUCGUUGAAACGGGCAAUAUGGUAAUUUCAAUCCAAGUUCUAAGAAACGUAACGAACAAUUUCAGCUCCGAGAACAUCCUCGGAAAAGGCGGAUUCGGAACAGUUUACAAAGGGGAAUUACACGAUGGAACCAAGAUCGCGGUCAAAAGAAUGGAAUCAGGAGUCAUGAGCGAAACCGGAAUCACCGAAUUCCAAUCCGAGAUCUCCGUGCUCACCAAAGUCCGGCAUCGGCAUCUCGUCGCACUUCUCGGAUACUGUUUGGAUGGAAACGAGAGGUUACUUGUGUACGAAUAUAUGCCUCAAGGGACACUUAGUCGGUUUCUUUUUAACAAAGGGAAUGAAGAUUUGAAACCACUUUUAUGGUCUAAAAGAUUGGUAAUUGCUCUUGAUGUUGCUAGAGGUGUUGAAUAUUUACAUGGUUUAGCACAACAAAGUUUUAUUCAUCGCGAUCUUAAACCUUCUAAUAUUCUUUUGGGCGAUGAUUUUCGCGCAAAAGUUGCGGAUUUUGGACUCGUUCGCCUCGCCCCAGAUGGUAAAGGCUCCAUUGCUACUAGAUUAGCGGGUACUUUUGGCUACCUUGCACCGGAAUAUGCAGUGACGGGUCGGGUGACAACGAAGGUGGAUGUGUUUAGUUUCGGGGUGAUCCUCAUGGAGCUAAUCACGGGGCGACAAGCACUAGAUGAAACCCAACCGGAAGAAAGCGUGCAUCUUGUUCAAUGGUUUAAAAAAAUGCAUAUAAACAAUGAUACAUUUAGAAACGCGAUUGAUCCAUCACUUGAGCUUGAUGAAGAUGGUUUAGCCAGUGUGACUACAGUGGCUGAGUUAGCGGGUCACUGCUGUGCCCGUGAACCGUAUCAGAGACCCGACAUGAGCCAUGCGGUCAAUGUUCUGUCAUCUUUGGCUGAGCUAUGGAAACCGUCUGAACCAGAUCCUGAUGAUGUUUAUGGAAUUGAUCUGAAUACAAGUUUGUCUCAAGUGGUUAAGAAGUGGCAAGCGAUGGAGGGAAUAAGUGGGUUUGAUCAUUCGGUAGAGAAUUCACAAACGAGUAUUCCGAUUGGGCCUUCUGGGUUUGGGGAUUCGUUUAUGUCACACGAGGGAAGGUGAGAUAUUAUUAGUUUUUUUUAAUUGGUUUGUUUGUUUAUUCUUUUUGAUGCUUUUUACUUUAGUAUUUAUCGUUUGUUUGAUUAUCAACCUCAUCAUGAAGAGAUGUUUGUGGUUUUGUUUUUGAACCUUUUGGAGUUGGUUUGAUUUGAUAUUUACGAAAAGGGUGUCGUAAGUUAUUUGUA